CGCAGCGUCAGUCCGGAGUCGCACAAUUAUGAAAAAGCUACCUUCCGCUGGAGCUGGAGCGGAGGCAGAUUUCUCAAACGUCAACCGAGCUUUCCUUCCAAGGCUAACCGAUAACACCGCAGAUAGAUGGCUAAAAGCCACGGAUCAGCUCUUCCUGAGUCUGAACGGUGAAGAGAAUGUCCCAGAAAUCCUGGAUAGAAAGCACUUUCACCAAGAGGGAAUGUGUGUACAUACUUCCAGUUUCAAAAGAUCCCCACAGAUGCCUUCCAGGAUGUCAAAUUUGCCAGCAGCUUGUGCGGUGCUGCUGCGGACGGCUGGUCCGGCAGCACGCUGGCUUCACCGCCAGCCUGGCCAUGAAGUACUCGGACGUGAAGUUGGGUGAGAAUGAGAUGCCCGAGCUGGAGGAGUGGUCCGUGGAAAAGCACACAGAGGAAAGCCCCACCGAUGCGUACGGCGUCAUCAACUUUCAGGGAGGAUCCCAUUCCUACAGAGCCAAGUAUGUGCGACUAUCUUACGACUCCAAACCAGAAAUGAUCCUUCGCCUUAUGCUCAAAGAAUGGCAGAUGGAGCUUCCAAAAAUCGUCAUCUCUGUCCACGGCGGGAUUCAGAACUUCGACCUUCACCCCCGCAUCAAGCAGGUGCUCGGAAAGGGCCUGAUCAAAGCCGCAGUUACCACGGGUGCCUGGAUCCUGACCGGAGGGGUGAACACAGGUGUAGCAAAACAUGUUGGUGACGCUCUUAGAGAGCACUCUUCCAGAUCCUCACGGAAAAUUUGCACUAUUGGAAUAGCUCCAUGGGGAGUUAUUGAAAACAGGAACGACCUCAUCGGAAGAGAUGUGGUUGCCCCGUACCAAACGCUGCUGAACCCUCUGAGCAAGCUGAACGUGUUGAACAACGUGCACUCUCACUUCAUCCUGGUGGACGAUGGGACGGUGGGCAAAUAUGGGGCAGAGGUCAAAAUGCGGCGGGAACUGGAGAAGCACAUUAACCUGCAGAGGAUUCAUGCCAGGAUCGGCCAGGGCGUGCCGGUGGUGGCGCUCAUCUUCGAGGGCGGGCCCAACGUGAUCCUGACCGUGCUGGAGUACCUGCAGGAGAGCCCGCCCGUGCCCGUGGUGGUGUGCGAGGGCACGGGCCGAGCCGCCGACAUCCUGGCGUACGUCCACAAGCAGACUGAGGAAGGAGGGGGUCUUCCUGAUGGUGUUGAAGCAGACAUCAUUGCCACUAUUAAAAAAACCUUCAACUUCAGUCACAGCGAUGCCAUACACCUCUUUCAGACACUGAUGGAAUGCAUGAAGAGCAAAGAAUUGAUAACGGUCUUUCACAUUGGUUCAGAGGACCACCAGGACAUUGACGUUGCAAUACUGAGAGCGCUGCUAAAAGGCACUGAUGCAUCUGCGUUUGACCAGCUCGUCCUCACUCUGGCCUGGGACCGGGUUGAUAUUGCCAAGAACCAUGUGUUCGUGUAUGGUCAGCAGUUGUUGGUGGGCUCUUUGGAGCAGGCCAUGCUGGAUGCUCUGGUGAUGGACCGGGUGGACUUUGUGAAGCUGCUUAUUGAGAAUGGAGUGAGCAUGCACAGGUUUCUCACCAUCACCCGUCUGGAGGAGCUCUACAACACGAAACAAUCCCCAACAAAUCCAACACUCUUUCACCUAGUAAGAGAUGUUAAACAGGGUAACCUUCCCCCAAAUUACAAAAUCACACUGAUUGAUGUUGGCCUUGUCAUUGAGUACCUUAUGGGUGGAACGUACAGAUGCAACUACACACGGAAGCGCUUCAGAAUCAUUUACAACAAUCUUCAUGGAAAUAGUCGGCGGUCUGGACGCCACUCAUCAAGUGGUGGAUCCCAUCUGCGUAAAACCCACGAGUCCUUCAGCAUCCAGGCAGACAAGAAAGAGAAGACAAGGCACGACCACUUCAUUAAGACUGCCCAGCCAUACAAACCCAAGCUGGAGUCCACAGCAGAGCAGUCCAAGAAGAAGAGUAAGGAGGAGAUUGUGGACAUCGAUGAUCCGGAGACCCGGCGGUUCCCCUAUCCCUUCAACGAGCUGCUGGUGUGGGCGGUGCUGUUGAAGAGGCAGAAGAUGUCUCUGUUUUUCUGGCAGCAUGGGGAGGAGUCCAUGGCCAAGGCCUUGGUGGCCUGCAAGCUGUGCCGCUCCAUGGCUUACGAGGCUAAGAAGAGCGAUGUGGUUGACGACACUUCAGAAGAGCUGAAAGAGUACUCAAAUGAAUUCGGCACGCUGGCAGUGGACCUGUUGGAACAGUCAUUCAGGCAGGACGAGACGAUGGCCAUGAAGCUGCUGACCUACGAGCUGAAGAACUGGAGCAACUCAACGUGCCUUAAGCUGGCAGUGGCCUCCAGGCUGCGGCCCUUCGUAGCUCACACCUGCACACAGAUGCUGCUCUCGGACAUGUGGAUGGGACGGCUCAACAUGAGGAAGAACUCCUGGUACAAGGUCAUUUUGAGUAUUCUGGUGCCACCAGCGAUCCUGAUGUUGGAGUACAAGACAAAAGCAGAGAUGUCUCAUAUUCCCCAGUCACAGGAUGCCCAUCAGAUGACCAUGGAGGACAGUGAGCAUAACUUCCAGCAUCCAGCGGAAGACAUCCAAAUGGAUGUUUUCAAGGAAGUGAGGUUAAAUGAGAACAUCGAAGCAAAAAGUGAAACUGAGAUCCACAUCCGACCAAGAAGGAUACCAAUCACCAGGAAGUUUUAUGCAUUUUACCACGCUCCCAUUGUCAAGUUUUGGUUCAACACGCUGGCAUACCUUGUGUUUCUGAUGCUGUACUCCUACGUCGUCCUGGUGCAAAUGCCCAACUGGCCCUCUCCACAUGAGUGGGGUGUCAUCCUCUACAUCUUCACCUCAGCCAUCGAGAAGAUCCGCGAGAUGUUUAUGUCUGAAGCUGGAAAAAUUGGCCAAAAGGUCAAAGUCUGGUUCAGUGACUAUUUUAAUAUUUCGGACUUCCUUGCAAUUGUUACAUUCUUUGUCGGGUUUGGCCUGAGAUUUGGAACAGGUGAUGUCUUUGUUGCCGGAAGAAUCGUUUAUUGCUUGAAUAUCAUAUUUUGGUACGUGCGGCUCUUGGAUAUUCUGGCUGUGAACCAGCAGGCUGGACCCUAUGUCAUGAUGAUUGGUAAAAUGGUGGCGAACAUGUUUUACAUAGUUGUGAUAAUGAUAGUGGUGCUUCUGAGCUACGGGGUUCCCAGGAAAGCUAUCCUGUACCCGAAUGAGGAACCCUCCUGGAAGCUCGCUAAAGAUGUUGUGUUCCAGCCCUACUGGAUGAUGUAUGGUGAAGUGUACGCUUACGAAAUUGAUGUUUGUGCAAAUAACAGUGAGGAUCAUGUGAAGUCUCUCUGUGGCCCUGGAGUGUGGUUGACACCACUCCUGCAAGCAGUCUACCUCUUUGUUCAAUACAUUCUUAUGGUUAAUCUACUCAUCGCUUUUUUCAACAAUGUGUACAUACAAGUGAAAUCCAUGUCCAAUCUGGUGUGGAAGUACCAGCGAUACCAUUUCAUCAUGGCUUACCAUGAGAAACCAGUCCUCCCUCCUCCACUCAUCUUACUCAGUCACCUGGUCUCCCUCUUCUCCUGCAUCUGCCGGAAGAGGAAGAAGGGCAGUGGGACAUACGGACCAAAACUCUUUCUGACGGAGGAAGACCAAAAGAAGCUCCACGACUUCGAAGAGCAGUGCGUGGAAACGUACUUCCACGAAAAGGAUGACCAGUUCCACUCUGGGAGUGAGGAGAGAAUUAGGGUCACCUCGGACAGGGUUGAGUACAUGUGCAUACAGCUGAAGGAAGUCGGCAACAGGGUGAACUUCAUAAAGCGCUCCCUUCAUACCCUGGACUCUCAGAUCGGCCACUUGCAGGACCUGUCGGCGCUGACGGUGGACACGCUGAAGGCCCUGACCGCGCAGAGGGCGUCCGAGGCCAGCAAGGUGCACAACGAGAUCACCCGCGAGCUCAGCAUCUCCAAGAACCUGGGGCCCAACCAGGCGGACAUCGGGUCCCAGUCCAAGUCCUCGGCGCUGGUGAAGCGCAGCGUGGGGGCGCACUUUGGGCCUUCCUUCCCGCAGGGCGGAGGCAACAUCGCGGACUCCUUGUUCGGCAGCCGGGCCCAGGACGCGGUCGGCCGGAGGUUCGGCCUGGACAGCGCCCUGAGCCCCGAGAGGAGGGCUGCAAACAUUCCAGAGGCUGGUUCCUCGGGCAGUGCCUUAACCCAAAGUGCCGUCUCCCCCCCCGAACUCCGGCUGAAGGGCCACUCCGUUACGGAGAGGCACGCGUCCCGUCCACAAGACUUCCAGUGCGGUGACUCGCCCAGCAGUCUGCCAAAUGUACCCCCUCCAGCUGCAAAGUUUUUUGUCAGCACCCCUUCUCAGCCCAGUGGCUCAAGCCCCCGGGUGCCCUCUCCCGGAGGGCCCCAGGACGUCCUGCCUGAAAGCCCCCUUGUAGAAUUUGGGGCGUUCGUCGGUAAGUACAAGGACGCUAUGUGCCGUUGUCCUGCUGUUGUCACUGUGCCGGGGAUGCCUAGAUGUUCAGGGUCCCGUUUCAUGCCUGCUUCCACUGAGGGGGGCGGGUAUGUCAAUCAGGCCUUUUGCCCCGACGAAGCUCGCGCCGAGACGGCCUCCGACCGCGCCGGGGAACGCGGAGCUCGGACCUCGCGGCGGGCUGUUCCCGAACCCCAGCCCGAGAACGGGGUGCAGAGAAACUGCCCCCUCCCGGGUUGCGAGCUGGCCCCGGCGGUCCGACCCACGGAGAGCAGCAGCAGUAGCAGCAGCAGCAGCAGCAGCCAGGAGAGAGAGCGCCGCACUGAGAAUGGCGUCCAGCAAAAGUCCUCAGUGCACAGGCACAGUUGUAAAGGAAGGCUGAACAGGCUGUAUAAGGCAGCCAGAUCAACAGGUCACAAAGAGGACUCUGAGCUUCAGAGAUCAUUAUCGAAAGAUGUGACUGCUGGAAACAAAUGGCUCAGUCCAUCCAAGAAGGACAAAGAAAUGGCUCACCCUGAAGGUCAUUUGAGGACAGUCAAUUCAUAUGCAGGCUUCACUGAGUUUGAUAUGAACCCAGUCUCACUCCAUCCCGAAACAAAUACAGCGCUGAGCAAGCGAGAGAGGAGCCGCGUCUCAGCCGAAGAUAUCCCCCUCCAUGAGGACCUGAGGGCCGCGCAUCUGCUGGAGAGGGCACAAGGCAAGUCAUCGCAAGCCACCAGUCUAACCCCAGGAGAAGAUGCCUUAAAUGCUGCAGCAUGCCUGUACACGUCCAGACACGCACAUCUGGGGGCCAGGAAAGACUCAAUUGGUUCCCCUUUCAAGCCUAUGGACAUAAGCUAUCAAUAUUCAGCCGUGGAGCGUAAUAAUCUGAUGCGGCUGUCCCAGAGCAUUCCAUUCACCCCUGUGCCACCGAGAGGAGAGCCAGUCACUGUGUACCGUCUGGAGGAGAGCUCCCCCAACACCAUCAACAACAGCAUGUCGUCCUGGGCCCAGCGGGGGCUCUGUGCCAAAAUCGAGUUCCUCAGCAAGGAGGAGAUGGGCGGGGGCCUGCGCCGGGCGCUCAAGGUCCUCUGCACCUGGUCCGAGUACGACAUCCUCAAGCCGGGCCACCUGUACAUCGUCAAGUCCUUCCUGCCGGAGGUGGUCAACACCUGGCAGACCAUCUACAAAGAAGACACUGUGCUGCAUCUCUGUCUCAGGGAAAUUCAGCAGCAAAGAGCUGCUCAGAAACUGACCUUUGCCUUUAACCAAAUGAGGCCGAAAACUAUCCCUUAUUCACCCAGGUUUCUGGAGGUGUUUCUGUUAUAUUGCCACUCAGCUGGUCAGUGGUUUGCCAUUGAGGAGUGCAUCACCGGAGAGUUCAGGAAGUUCAACAACAACAACGGGGAUGAGAUUGUUCCCACAAACCUACUUGAGGAAACUAUGCUGGCCUUCAGCCACUGGACAUAUGAGUACACUAGAGGAGAGCUUCUGGUGCUGGACUUGCAAGGUGUUGGAGAAAUUUUGACAGAUCCGUCUGUGAUAAAAAGUGGUGAAAAGGGAUCAUAUGACAUGAUUUUUGGGCCAGCGAACCUGGGAGAUGAUGCAAUACGGAACUUCCGCGCUAAACACCACUGCAAUUCCUGCUGCCGAAAACUCAAACUUCCAGAUCUGAAGCGCAACGAUUACACACCCGACAAAGUGACACUACCCCAAGACGAACCGCCAGAGGAUUCCGUUCAGCCAGGAAGCGGUGCCAAAGAACAAAGGCAUUCUAUGCGUCUGAUGCUGUGAGACCCCCCCCCCCCCCCCCCCCC